UACUGUCCUUUUCCCCAUCGCCUUACGCCAAGGGUAGGGGGUGUGCAUAGGCAGAUAUAAACCUAUGCUUAAAACUUUCUUUUUUCAAAGUUCAUACCUACAUUUUUUGUGUGUUUUAAACCUUUUUUAACUCGCGUCUUCACAGCGCGUUUCAGCCUCUUCCCCACUACUGAUUUUUUUGUUUAUAGCAUACUAUAAACCUCAACGUAACUUCAUACAAGAUGAUUGACACAGUCACAGGACCUGGAGCUCAGCCCUUUGCAGUUCAGUUGAAGGCCCUAACAGAUCUGGAGGGCAGAUACCAACCAAAGCUGAGCGGUUUGAGGCUCAUCGAGGGUGCCCAGGACAAUGGCCUCAGGAUGACCACCAGACUCAGGGAGCUGGAGGUGAAGGACCUGCUCUCUCUGACCAGGUUCUUUGGAUUCAGCUCGGAUACCUUCUCUCUGGCUAUUAGCUUGCUGGAUAGAUUUCUCUCUGUAAUGAAGAUUCAACCUAAGCACCUGUCCUGUGUGGGCCUGUGCUGCUUCUACAUUGCUGUGAAGUCCUCAGAAGAGGAAAAGAACGUGCCUCUGGCCAACGAUCUGAUCCGCAUUAGCCAGAGCCGCUUUACAGUAUCUGACAUGAUGAGGAUGGAGAGGAUCAUCAUGGAGAAGCUCUACUGGAAGGUGAAGGCCCCCACAGCACUUCGCUUUCUCCGCCUCUUUCAUGGCCACAUCCAGGAGCAACUGGAUGCCGAGAGCAAGACGAUACUGAGUCUUGAGAGACUGGAGGCUCAGCUGAAAGCUUGUCACUGUGCAUUUGUCUUCUCCAAAAUAAAGCCAUCUCUGCUUGCCAUGGCUCUGCUGUGUUACGAGGCGCAGGAACAACAUGACCCUGAACACACUGACAAAAUAUCUGAGGCCCUGACGUGUCUGCAGAAGCAGCUGAAUAUCAAAGGUGAGGAUCUGGUCUGUAUGCGGGAGUUGAUUGGGAAAUGCCUGGCCGACUAUGCCACCGCAAAAUGCUCCAAACCAAAUGGCCAGAGACUUCGCUGGAUUAUCUCGGGUAGAACUGCCCGUCAGCUGAAGCCCAGCUACUACAAGAUCACUCAUCUUCCCACCAUACCCGAGUCAGCCUUGUAAAAUAUGGGGGUACACCUGGUGACCUUACAUGCAGAGAAAUCUAACAACUAUCCUCAAUUUGUCUUUUUCGUUGGCGAGUGUCUUGCUUGCAGUGAGGUCACAAUGUAUAUCCCCAAUUUUCCUUACAGAUCUUCAUUAGUGAUGGUGAAUUUCUUUAAGGAAAAGCAAAUUAAGAGUUUCCCUGAAGUUCAGUUGUCAUCAUUCAAAGAAGAAAUGCAGUAUUUUCAUCUUCCCCAGCAUGAAGUAAUGCUUUAUCAGAGAGGUUAAUCUGCUGCCAUGCUGCAUUAAUUUAAAGUGUUACUUUCCUGAUUGAGUUUCAAGCACAAAUGUACAGUAUGUUCUUGUUUAAAUCCGUACCAAGAUGUUUGGUUCUUCCUGGAAACGGGUUGCUGGUUUUAAGCUAAUAAGUAUAGAACCACCUAGGUCCUCAGUCCACCAUGUGGAAGAGGAGGGAGAAGGAUUUUGUGAACAGCAUAAAAGGAACCAAGAAAUCGGGCCCAGAAUCCUUAACUCCUACCCUAGGUUGCUUAACUGUCCUGAAUGCACACUCCUACCCAAGGUGAUGAUUUUUAUUUUUUUUUAUGUUGAUACAGCGAUGGAGCUCUGGUUUUCACCAGUGAAGUGAGGCUAGUGAUGAACUCAUCACAAAUGGCUAACCAUACUAUUUGAGCUGAAAUGGCAGAGUUUUACAGAUGAGUUGUUUUCAGUGCUUCAUAAUUUGUGGACAAGGAGCCACCACAAUUAUAGAUUGAUUUCAGUUGUGCAAAGAACACAAAGCAAUUGGUCACUGCAAUGGAAAUGUGGAUUUCUUUACCGGUUUUCCUUACUCAAGUUAGAGGUUUGUUUGUGAGAAGUUCAAUGUCCUAAGUUUAGAGUGGUUAAAUGAAAAAACACCAUCUGGUAAACCGAUGCACUUGUACCUUUCAAUAAAACUUUAUUGAAAAGUUA